UAUUACAUGCAAAUGCUAAUAUGCUAUAGCUUAGGACACCCAGAAUACUCAUCCCUAUGCACCAUUUAAAAUCAGCACUGGGUACUACCUGAUAUUUGUAACUGCUACACGAUAUUUUCCUUUUUGUUGCCAUGACCUCUUUGAAUUCUGGACAUAAAUUAUCUGCACUUCCUUGAUAAAUUUGUAUAUAUGCAUUCCCAUUGUCAUUUGUUACUAGGUUCUUACCUAGAGAACCCAAUGCUUCAGCUUUUGUAGUGCAACUUCGCUCUUUUUUGCCUGCCUCUUUUGGUUUAUAUUUCUGAUUCACUUGUUGGCCAAUUUAAUGGUAAUCAAUGUUUCUUGUUUCACUUGGUUAGCAACCCGCUUUGAUCCUUUCCAUGCAAAGACUCAGCAAUCCUCAUUAGGAGAUUCACCACUAGAAAGCAAGGAGGCUUCUUCAUCCCUGGAUCCUCAGCAUAAGCCUAAAGCUUUUUCUUUUAACAGGAGUAAGGAGGAUUUGAAACUGUUACUUAAAAAACAUGAGGAUAAUGAUUUAGAACAUAGUAAGAUUGCUGCUGCUCUUCGACUUGCAUGUGAUCCGGGAAGGCUUGUUUUGGAUGUAAUUAAUGCUUCCCAUCCUUUCAACUUGAAGGGAAAUAAGGACAUCAAGUUACGAGUUUCAAAAAAGAGUUGUAUCUUAUUGCUGGAGCAGUUAAGGAUGGUCUCACCCCAGAUUAAUCCUGAUAUAAAAGAAGAGGCUAAAAAAGUUGCAUUUUAUUGGGAAACAACAUUGGCAAAGAAGAUAAAUGAUCAUUUGGAGGUCAUUUGUUUCCUACAGUUUUUAGCUGCCUAUGGGUUGGCCUCCACUUUCGAUGCAGACAAACUUCUUGUUCUUCUGGAUGCUGAUGAGUGGCGUAAAGAGGCUGCUGAUUUGGUUCAAGUACUUGGUUUAGCAGAUAAGAUCCCAAAUUUUAUUCAAAAUCUCAUUAAGAAGGAGCAGCCAAUAGAGGCUGUUAAAUAUAUCUAUGCAUUAGAUAUGGUCGACAAGUUCCCACCGGUACCCAUUUUAAAGGACUAUUUGAGCAAUUCUUCCAAAAAGAAUGUUAAGCAACUAUCCAAGAAAAAGAGAAAAUCUAAUGGAGGGCAGAUUCAAGCCAUUGUCAAAGAGGUAAAAGCAUUGACAGCUGUGGUCAAAUGCAUCACGGAUUACAAGAUUGAUGGCAUCUCACCUGCAAUCCUCAAAGAACAAAUUGUCCAACUGGAAAAACAGAAAGAAGAGAAAGUUCUUAUCAUUGAAAAAGCAAAAGCCAAAAUCACACCUUGUUCCUCGUCUAAAUCUAAAUUAGAUCAGCAGGUCUCCCUUUCCUCUGCACCAACUUCUGUCACUGCCCCUAACACUGAACUGCAACAGCAGAGUGGAAAAAAGCGUCCUAGAAUACAUGUUUCAUCAGAGGAUCCUCCAAAAGCAUCCAUUCGUGGCACACCUGUAGUUCAUUCAAUGCAACCUCCCCAGCAGCAUCCACCAGGUUUUGUUGCAACUCAAGGUGCUCCUUACAUGUAUCCACCGCCCAGACACUAUAGUUUGGCAGGCUAUCGUCCUAACAAUAUGCAGUUUGACUCCUAUAAUUCUAAUGUUAGUUCCUCUUACCGUUGGACAAAUGUUAAUCUUGGACACUGGAAUCCAGUGCCCUUCUGAACGACCUAGUGCUGCACCCGAGUGCGAAUGAUGAUCAUUCGCGGUGAUCGUUGCGUUUCCUGUAUCUUUCAGUGGUAAUUUUCCACAUUUGUGCAAUCGAUAUAUUUAACUUUGUGUUUGGUCA